AUGGCUGGUCAUAGUCUGGUUUCUGAUCUGGUGCGCGACUCCAAGAUCGAGACCGAGUGGUUGGGUUCUUGCUUGCGACAUGUAUUUUACGACACCGGCCCUUCUGCAAAGCAGCGCCGGAUUCGUCGUGAAGAAACAUGGGUUCGCCAAAAGUUUGUCGGGCGGGGCGCGUACGGCUGCGUAUAUCUGGAACAGUGCGAGAUUGGAAGCUCGCAAAAGCUUCGGGCUGUAAAAGAGAUUAAAAAGUCCGUGGUUCCAGGCGAGGAACUGGAUUAUAUGCGUGAGCUGGAAGCGGUUGCGAAGUUUUCGCAUCAGAAAUAUUCCCACUGCUUUGUACAGUCCCACGGCUGGUUCGAGCUUGAAGAUUCCAUCUUUAUAUCAAUGGAGUAUCUUGCAAGUGGUGACUUGCAGAGUCAUCUCCAGGGACCACUGGAUGAUAUCGAGGCAAGACAGAUCACGUUGCAAGUUUUGGAAGGAUUAACUUUUAUGCACGACAAUGGCUUUGUGCAUCGGGAUCUCAAACCAGGGAACAUCAUGGUCGUCAGCAAGAAUCCGGACUGGUUUGUCAAAAUCACAGACUUUGGGGUGAGCAAGCGACGCCAGCAAGAUGUCACUACGCUCCAUACCAUGCAGCGAGGCACUUUCGGUUUCGUUGCCCCAGAAGUGCUUGAGCUCCUUCCUGACAAAUCAUAUACAUUUUCUGUCGACAUGUGGUCCAUGGGUGCUGUUGUCUACAGGAUCCUCACGAAUGCGACUGCUUUCCAAAAUCUCGCAGAGCUUUUCAGGUUCGCCACUGGCAUCUCAGCGUUCCCAACACAUGCACUAGAGAGUAAUCAAACUUCAAAAGAGGCUCAAGAUUUCAUUUUGAAGUUGAUGAAGCCAAACCCCAAAGACCGUUUAUCUGCAUCUUCGGCGGCUCGUCAUAUAUGGAUCGUCGGCGAUACCCAGAACAGCUUGACGAGCAAUGUAAUUUUGUCGGACAUCGAAACUAUAGACAGUCCGCUUCUGGUCGAGACAAAUCCACAAACAGACUCUAUGGGAUCCAAGGAUUGGAGUAUGGACAGCGGCGGUAGUUCUACAAUACGAUUGAAACCAUCUUCCGGGGAUAUUACGAAAAUUUCAAAUCAGUUGACGGAAGUGUCUGUUACUGAGAAUGACAACGAUAUUGGGAGCAAUGACACGAAUGUCACAACGACAAUCUUUACUCCCGAAGCAAUUCAACGAAUCAAAUAUCAGAAACCCUCCAUCGACGAAGUUCCUGAGGAUAGGGAGCUUCGCCCAAAUCUUCCACUCGAUGCACCAUUUGUACUUGAAACUAUGGAAACAUCUGAAUUCGAAGCCGAUCCCGCGACAUCAAGCCCACAAGUCACGGUUGAGAUGGAGACGUUACGUCGAUUUGAAGUUGAUGACAACAACGGCCCCUUCACCGGCGUGUCCGAGGAUGCUACACAAGACAUGGAAUAUGACCUUGAUGGCUCGCUGCCAGAAACGAUUAUCUUCGUAGAAGAAUCAUCCGGCAACAGUUCCAAUGAAUGGACGGACACAGACAUGGACGGAGAGGUUGACGACACUGACGUCAGGUCGGGCGGCGCGAUAAGUGAAUCAUCCGACCUGGAAGGUGAAGACCGAUUUCAAUCGAGGAUAAUUGAACUUGGACCCUUUCCUAAGGGCAGUUGCGCCGAUUGUGGAGCCUUUCCUCAGCCUAAAGGUCAGGCAUGGAAGAGAGUAUCUGCAGGCGGGCCAUGCGACGAAUGCCUACUCGAGCAUAUUGCCCUCGCCUUGGUGUCUCCAAAAUAUAUGCCUCCACGAUAUUUCAAGCGGUGGGACGUUGACCGCAGAUCGAUAGGACUAAUCCUGAGCCCCGAAGUGAACCGUGCCUGGGACCUCCUUGAACGGCUCCAGUACAAGGCCCAAGAUGACACCUGGAAGUGUUACGAGGGCCACAGUCACCCAUUAGCUUUUCACGUGACGAUGGGACCCUUGCCGAUCUGGAAGAACUCUAUUCGAUGCUUGGGGUGCCUGAACGAAAAAGAACUUGGAUCAACAAUCGACGGCAGUUCGCGUAAAUCACGGCACUACACAGAGUAUUGUCUAUAUUGCUCAAAACUAUUUGGCUCUUGCAGUUGUCCGGAAUGGCUCGAUGCAACCAUACGGUCGUUCGUGGACGCAUUGAAGCAAAAGAACGUGCUCAGAGAAGUGACGCACACGGCAAUAAGAGACGCACUCUAUGAACGGGGCGACAUGAUGAAUCCAGAUUCUUCGGAGCCUCUGCGGUAUCAGCUAUUCUCUGAAAGUCUUUGGCGCUCGACUUUGAAGCACAUAAGCCCCCCGCAGCCGCUCUCUACCCAAGCGCUGCAAAGGCUCAAUCGCGCAUAUGGUUCAGCGGAUUCUCUUGAUGUGAGCCCACGAAGAAGAGGUCCUUGUGCCGUGUAUGACGGAUCCCGAUACGCUGAGAGCACGUCUGGAUCGUCUGACGGUUCAGUUCAGCCGCUAUCUGGGGUGCAGCCGCUCUCUGUCCAAGCACUUAUGAAGUUAAAUGAAGAAAAUGGAUCAACGCAUUUUGAUUAUGAGAAGCAACGAAGAGCUCAACUUGCUGUGUACGGUGGAUCCCGAUACGCUGAUAGUGCGUGUGAUGAUUCACUGUACCAUGGCUUUGCGAGGCCUCGUAAUACGAGGACACGCAACGAUACUCAAGUCCAAGGCCGUCAGGAAUCUGCAAGGCAAUCCCUUCAGACUUCGAUACGACAAAGAAAAGCACGCGACGAUGUGGAAGAUGCUAUCGCCUUCGAGCAGGAACAUUUCGGCCAAUCUACCGGGAGGUCAGGCACAAAAAAACGGCACCGAACUAUUUCCCCUGCUAGAGUUAGCGGCAUGAACUUCGACAGGGUUGACCACUAG